AUGGCUCGCUUUAUUUGCGCACAUAUCAAAAGAGAUGGCACUAUUUGUGGAAAUAGAUGCUGUGACCCUGCCGGGUGUUAUAGGCACUGGAAAUUGUAUGAGAAAAACAUGAAAAAAUUUCACUGCCUUAGUUGUGAAUUUCCUACCGAUACUGAUUCAGGAUUUUGUUCCAAAUAUUGUUCCAAGUAUUCUGCAAAGUUUCAUUUGCACAAUUACCGGAUGAGGCAGAAACGUAAGGCCGAGACCGAGGCUCUUCAGCCCGCAAAGAUCUCUGAAUUAUCAGAUGAGACCCUUCAACCCAGAAUCCCUGAAGCUCCAAUUUCUGAGUCGGAUGAUAGUAGUACUUCAAUCCAUGAACACUUAUUUCCCGCUUCUUCACAACUAUUUGUGGAUUCGUCAGGAUGGAAUUUAACGGAUUUGAUCCAGGUCGAAGUACUAGGUGAUAGGAUUAUAAUUAGAGACUCAGUUCCAGAAGCACCCAGAAUCUAUAAAGCUCCAGUUUCUGAGUCGAAUGAUGAGGAUAUGGGUAUUGACCUAUUUGGGGAUUAG